AUGUCUGCUCAGCCUGGCCAUCAAUAUCCGGCAAAGGAGGGUUCUAAAAUCCCCGGAGACCCUAUCGUUGGAGUGGUGACAACAGGCCCCAGCGAUCGAAAUGCUAUUGUUGACCCUAUCAUCCAGGUGUCUGCCCAGGGCUUGGAUGAUAGGCGAGCUACUGAGGCAAAAACAUUGGCAAGGCAACAGAGGUGCCAAUCCGAAAGUGGAUCGCGACUGGGCGGAUUCCCUUGCACUAAGCCAGCAAAGAGCGGAAGAGAAAGAUGGGGUACAAAAGCUCUCGUCGAUUCCUUGCGAGAACGCGACCCCGCCACUCUAACGCCAAGGGACAAGGCUCUUCAAAAGAAGCAUGCCUACAUUGUCCGGAGGUAUGAGCGACUCCGUGAGGAGAAAGUCUCGAAUGCUUCCGGAAGUUUGGCCGCGGUCUCUGGAAAAGCCACCAACUCCGAAAAAAGGGACGCUGUAACCAAACCCCCCUCUGAGGGCGGUAGCAGUCUACCGACGAAGAAAGCUGCUCCCCUUUCCGCUGUUGGAAACAACAAGCCGUCGCAAUCACUGACGCCCAAGGCGCCGAAGACCGCGAGGCCAGUGUUUCCACGGCUGGACGGGGAUAAGGCCUCGACGUCGGCAGCUGCUAUUGCCUCCGGUGGUAAGGGACCGGUUGCACGCACUCCGAAGAGACAACUAUCUGGCGACAAGAAGACACAGCCUGAGCAGAAGCGGGUGAAAACUUCAUCAACCUUAUGCUCAGCACCAGAGCUCCAGGUAGCAAUCAUAGACCGAAAUCACCCGGAAGGAAAGAUUCCGACGGACAAAUGGUUGCUCCUGGAAGAAAAGAUUAUGAGGGCACUACUUGGCGAAAUCCAGCGUACCAAAAACAACAACAUUGGUAUGUUUGAUGGAGCCAAGUGGCAGAAGGGAGUCAAAGUUGUUGGAUGCGGUAACUAG